AUGACUCAGAUUGCAACUAACUUCGGACCCCAAAAGUGCUGGAAGAAUAAUUUAGGAUACUGCAGGGCACGAUGUUUAGAUACUGAAAGGUACAUACUUCUUUGUCAGAACAAGCUAUCAUGCUGCAUUUCCCUAAAACUAUCAUUUGAAUACCCUCGACCGCCACCACCUCCGCCGAUCCACCUAGAGGAUAUACGAAUGGAUAACAGUGAUUUGGAAUCUUAUACUGGUGCUGCAGUAUCUGGGUUGAAUGAUCUAGUAACGUUUAACACACUCGAAACUCCAGAAGCCACCACAAGCCAGAAAACAUAUUCCCCUCCCGUGCUACCUCCUGAGUGGCCUUUGUCUGACAUUUAA